AUGGCUGUUAUGAGCCCGCCAUCUCCUCCUUUAGCAAUAAUUACGGAAACUCCUGCGUUUACGUUGGAAACAAAAUACGACAGGCUGUUGAGAAGAGCUAAGACAGAAGAUCUAUCAGAAGUGUCAGGAAUAGGCUGUCUCUACCAGUGCGGUUAUGACCGAUUCGGACGACCUGUCAUCGUCUUUGUCGGAAAGUGGUUCAAAUUCAAGGAUAUCAACUUAGAUAAAGCACUGUUAUAUCUGAUAUACCUUUUGGAUCCUUUGGUCAAAGGGGAUUACGUUAUCGCUUACUUUCACACUAACACUUCUAACGCCAAUUACCCUUCAUUCACUUGGCUCAGAGAAGUUUAUAACAUACUGCCUUACAAGUAUAAGAAAAAUUUAAAAGCCUUUUAUAUUGUUCACCCCACUCUCUGGACCAAGAUGAUGACUUGGUGGUUCACUACCUUCAUGGCACCAGCCAUAAAGCAGAAGGUGCACAGUUUGCCGGGAGUAGAAUAUUUGUACAGCAUUAUGCCGAGAAAUCAACUUGAAAUCCCCGCCUUCAUCACUGAAUACGACAUGACUGACCAUCAUUAUGAUAAGUAA